AUGGAGGAUACACAAGAAUUAAGCAAUAUCAUACGUGUAACACCUCAGAGGAUUAGUCAAAUGGGCAGAGAAGAGAGGUUGAUGGAAGCAAUAAAUGAAAUUCAAAACGAUACAGGUUUUACUCAAAAGGAGCUCUCAAAACCAAGAGGUAGAUAUCUCACCGAAGCAGAAGAAUUAGAGAUGAUAAAGAUGGUAGAAGAAUCAAACACCAAGAAUAUUCCGAUAACGAAAGAGAAUAUUCUAAAUUGGGUGGUCGGAAAGGUAUAUGACAAAUAUGGCUAUACAAUGAGUCGUCACCCUGGUGGUGACUGGUGGACCAAGCUGAAACAAAAAUAUCCGAUCUUAAAGUUAAGAAAGGUUAAGUUUCAAGAUGAAGCCAGAUUAAAAGCGGAGAAAGAGGCCGAUAUUCAAGGUUUCAUCAAGAGUGUUCAUAAAGUGAUAGUAGAAAACCAAAUUCAACCAAAGAAUGUGAUAAACUCUGAUGAGAAAGGUGUUUUAUUCACGAAAAUGAAUCAAAAAUUUAGCUAA